GUACAUCACCUCCACCCUCACGGCGCUUUCGCGCAAGAAAGCCUAUCACCAGUGCCUCCAGAUCAUCCAGGCUCUACGGCCGGGGCGUGUAGACCUUGAUAUUCGUCACUGGAAUAUGGCCAUCAUUGCCGCACAAAAGACGCUGCAGUGGACCGUUUGCCUUGAGACUCUUGAGGCAAUGGCAAGAGCAGAGGCAAAGGCAGAUCACAUUACGUUUGGCAAUGCAAUCACUGCGUGUGGAAAAGCAAAGAAGUGGGAUGUUGCAAUUGCUUUGCUUCAGGAUUUGCGAAGGUCAGCUCUGGAGUUGGACAGGAUCAGCUCGAAUGCUGCCCUUAGCGCAUGUGAGAAGGCAGCUCAAUGGCCUCUGGCACUGCACUUGCUUCAGCUAAAGGAGGUGGAGCACGAUGCGAUCAGUUUCAACGCCUGCAUCAGCGCCUGUGAGAAGGGCCUCCAGUGGCAGCAUGCCUUAGGACUUUUGCAGCAGAUCACUCGUGAGCAGCUGAGCCCAACCCAGAUCAGUUACAACGGGGUCAUUACUGCUUGCAGCCACUCCGCUCAGUGGCAACACGCUUUGCAGCUGUUGAGAAAGAUGGAAGAGGCCAACAUACUGCCAAGCGAGGUGACGUUUAGUGCUCUCUUAACAGCCACAAGCAACGCGCAGCAGUGGUGA